CUGUUCCGCCUUGUUGUUUGUAAAACUCGCGCGACUUCCGCUUUGAGCGUUAAAUAUGGCCACGUCCAGACUAGAGAUCAAUUUUAUCAGGUUAUUAUCGCGCUGUGAAUCUCUGGCUUCAGAGAAAAGAAACGAGACCGAAUGGAGACUAGAGAAGUACGUUGGUGCUCUUGAUGAGAUGCUUGUUGCCCUUAAAAAGAGUCCCAGCAAACCAACACCGGAAAUACUGACAGACUACAACCGCAAGGUGGACUUCCUCAAGGGUCUCUUAGAAGCAGACAAACUGCCGUCUCCAGCAGAGAAGUCUUUAGCCAAUCAGUUUCUGGCUCCUGGACGGACGCCUACGAUAUCCAGCGAGAGAACGCCGGCCAGUAAGACGGUGCACAUUCAGAGUAAAGCACGAUGUGCUGGAGAAAUGAGGAAGGAGCUGAUGAGUACCGCUGUGGCAAGUUCUGGUUCAUUGGACACGGAUCUCAGACACAGAAAGAGUAUUCCUGUAGACGAGCGGCAGUCGGCGGCAGAGCUGGACACAAUUCUACAGCAUCAUCACAACCUGCAGGAGAAACUGGCCGAUGACAUGCUGAAUCUCGCUCGCAACCUGAAGAACAACACACUCGCGGCCCAGAACAUCAUCAAGCAGGACAACCAGACUCUCACUCAGUCUAUGCGUCAGGCCGACAUGAACUUCGAGAAGCUGAAGACUGAAUCGGAGCGUCUGGAACAGCACACCAAGAAAUCCGUCAACUGGUUCCUGUGGCUGAUGCUAAUCGUCGUCUCCUUCACGUUUAUCAGCAUGAUCCUCUUCAUAAGACUGUUCCCGCGACUCAGAUGAUGUUGAUCAUCAUUAGAACCGCUAGAUUUAAUUUAUCUAUUACAACAAGUUUACAGACACUAGCUAAGAGUCAUAAAUUUGAUUGACAGCCUCAAUCGUUCAGUCAGCUUCAGUUAUUCCCGUGAAAAUGUACUUUACCUGCAUGCCAUUUUCGAUUUCGAAUCUCUGUGAAGAACGACUUAAAUGAAUCGGUUAUUAUUAACGGUAAGAAUUUGAAAACUACAAACUGUUCGUCAGUCAUUUAAAUGCAUAAUCUGACGACAAACGUUCUUAAUACGAAUUCUGAGACCGACAUUUUUGUCUUUUUAAAGACGCGUUCGAAGUUCUCCCUGAAUUGAUUUCAUUUCCAAUAGGCUUGUAUAAUAUUGCUUAUAUAACACAUUUUGACACUAUAUAUGAUCGUUUUGAGACACUUAAAAUGACUGAUAGUUUCAUCCAGCUUUAUCGGAGUUUCUGUUAGUCACUUUCUCACGUACGGUCGCUAUAAAAACGGACUGAGCUGUUUUAAGGUCUGGUUGACUUGUCCAGACUCGCCGCGUCGAUCAGGAAAUGUUCUGGCAAACAGCAGGAAGUAUUUUUGCCUGUCGGAAGCACAGAUGGAUACCGUCUUCCCCACCCAGAGAGUAAAUGGCCCAUAUUUAGCUGCUAACGAUCUAUUUGUGCUUGUUCCCUAUAUAGCACAUGGACGGAGUAUUAAGUAUUGCUCUGAUAUGGUUAACGUGUUUGUUCCACUGCGCAGCUCUAUUGAUGGAUCUUAAUGUUCAUCUGAAGUGGGCUGUCAAUGAUCGUUUAUUUGUCCGUGUGUUCAGUUUCGCUCCUGUAAUUCAUUCACAUGAACACAGAUGGUCAUAGGCUACUCUUCUUUUCUAUCAGAUGUGUUCGAAGUUAUCUUUGAAGGAAAACAGAAGGGUGUAUUAUUUUAAUAAAACAAUUUGCAAUCUGC